CAUUGAAAACGUAGAAUUUUAAUAUAAAAAUUCGAACUGAAACAAAUAAGUAAAACCUACUUCGGAACUGUCAAAUGGAGAAGCUAACGAAUGUCCAGGAAGAGGAGGAGGAGGGUCCUCUGAGCGUGGCCAAACUAAUGGGCGGCAGCAUUACGGCCAAGGACAUCAAACUGCUCCAACAGGCCAGUCUGCAUACCGUCGAAGCAGUGGCCAAUGCCACUAAGAAGCAACUGAUGGCCAUUCCCGGCUUGGGCGGCGGAAAAGUGGAGCAGAUCAUCACGGAGGCAAAUAAACUGGUGCCUUUGGGUUUCCUCAGCGCCAAGACUUUCCAUCAAAUGCGUGCGGAUGUAGUGCAACUGAGCACGGGUUCCAAGGAGCUGGACAAGCUUCUGGGUGGCGGCAUUGAGACCGGUUCCAUCACGGAAAUCUUCGGCGAGUUUCGCUGUGGCAAAACCCAAAUAUGUCACACCUUGGCGGUCACCUGCCAACUGCCCAUCAGUCAAAAAGGCGGCGAAGGCAAGUGCCUGUACAUCGAUACGGAAAACACCUUUCGGCCGGAGCGUUUGUCCGCCAUUGCGCAGAGAUUCAAGCUUAAUGAGGCCGAGGUGCUGGACAAUGUUGCCUGCUCCCGGGCCUACAACUCGGACCAGCAGACGAGACUCAUCCAAAUGGCAGCGGGCAUGCUCUUUGAAUCGAGAUACGCCGUGGUCAUUGUGGACAGUGCCAUGGCUCUCUAUCGAUCCGAUUACAUUGGACGUGGUGAGCUGGCCGCUAGACAAAACCAUUUGGGUCUAUUCCUGCGCAUGCUUCAACGCCUGGCGGAUGAGUUUGGAGUAGCGGUGGUCAUAACCAACCAGGUGACUGCUUCGCUGGACGGCUGUCCGGGUAUGUUUGCCGGCGAUGCCAAGAAGCCCAUCGGGGGCCACAUAAUGGCCCAUUCCUCCACCACGCGACUUUAUCUCCGCAAAGGCAAGGGCGAGACCCGCAUCUGCAAGAUCUACGAUUCACCCUGUCUGCCGGAGUCGGAAGCCAUGUUCGCCAUCCUGCCGGAUGGAAUCGGAGACGUUAAGGAAGGAAACUAAUUCUUAGAUAAAUGUAACUAAUGAAUGCUUCAUUUUUUUAAAGCUUAUGAUUAUGAUAGUGGUGUAACUCCCCCCGAACAAGUUUCUUUGCUUAUAAUAAACUAUUUGUAAUGUCUAA